GUAGUUUAAAGGCGCAGGCCGGAAAUGAGCCCUUGGAGGCCCGGAUGCGGUGGGAGAGAAAGACGGAGCGGGGCGGGGACGAUGGCGGCGCUGAGGCCCGAUGAGGAGCUGGGGCUGCGGGCGACUGAGAUGGAGGAAGAGGAGGGGAUGGGUCGUGGAGAAGAGCAGUCGCUGCAGCUGAACUUGGGGGACCUGGACCUCACCUCCAAUGAGUUCAUCCUGGAUGAAGUGGACAUUCACAUCCAAGCCAACCUGGAGGACUCCUUGGUUCAGGAGGCACUGAAGACAGGCGUGGAUCUGCGGCAGUACUCCAAGCAGGUGGAACUGGAGCUGCAGCUCAUUGAGCACGCCUCCAUCAGGGACUACAUCAAGGAGAGCAAGAACAUCACCUCCCUGCACAACCAAAUCACCGCCUGUGACACCAUCCUGGAGCGCAUGGAGCAGAUGCUGAGCUCCUUCCAGUGCGACCUGAGUAGCAUCAGCUGCGAGAUCCAGACAUUGCAGGAGCAGUCGGUGGCCAUGAACCUGCGGCUCAAGAACCGCCAGGCCGUGCGCAGCCAGCUCAGCCAGCUGGUGGAUGAGCUUGUGGUGCCAGCUGCUAUGAUCAGCACCAUCCUGGAGGCCCCGGUGACCGAGCAGGACUUCCUGGAGCAGCUGCAUGAGCUGAACAACAAGAUGAACUACGUGAAGGAGCAGGCCUUCCGCGAGACCAUGGCCUGCACCGACGUGCACCACGUGCUGGACCGGCUGAAGGUCAAGGCUGUGACCAAGAUCCGGGAGUUCGUCCUACAGAAAAUCUACUCCUUCCGCAAACCCAUGACCAACUACCAGAUCCCCCAGAAUGCCCUGCUUAAGUACAGGUUCUUCUAUCAGUUCCUGCUAGGGAACGAGCGGUCGGUGGCGCAGGAGCUGCGGGAGCAGUAUGUGGAGACCAUGAGCAAGAUCUACCUGUCCUACUUCAAAUCCUACACCAGCCGCCUCAUGAAGAUCCAGUAUGAGGAGGUGGCGGAGAAGGAUGAUCUGAUGGGAGUGGAGGACACGGCCAAGAAAGGGUUUUUCUCAAAGCCAUCGCUGAAGAACCGCAACACGAUCUUCACGCUGGGGAACCGGGGCAGUGUGAUCGGGGGGGCUGAGCUGGAGGGGCCCAUCAUUGUGCCUCACGCCGCCCAGAAGAGCGAUGUCCGUGUGAGCGAGUGGGGUCCUGGGGGGCUGAGACCCUGGGUGGGGUCAAGCUGUGGGAGGGCGGGAAGGAGAUGGGGAGGUGGGGAACAGGAGGCUUGGCCUGGCUGGGGUGGAGGGGCAGGAGGCUGUGACCUCUUAGGGCCAGUGGAUCAGGCAGGUCACUGGGGAAGCAGGUUGGGUGGGGGGGCUGGGUGUGUGUCCCUCCCCCCCAACGGCAGUACCCCUUCGAGUUGCUGUUCCCCUGCCAGAGGGGUUAGUCCUCCCCCUGAACUAACACUUCCUCCCCCCCCCCCCCCCCGGCAGUACCCUUUCGAGUCGCUGUUCCGAAGCCAGCACUACGCUCUGCUGGACAACAGCUGCCGCGAGUAUCUCUUCCUCUGCGACUUCUUCCUGGUGACGGGGCCCAGCGCCCAGGAGCUCUUCAACGCCGUCAUGGGCAAGACGCUGGCCAUGUUCCUGAAACACAUGGACGCAUAUGUGUGUGACUGCUAUGACAGCAUUGCCAUCUUCCUCUGCAUCCACAUCGUCCUGCGCUUCCGAGCCAUCACGGCCAAGCGCAACGUCCCCGCCAUCGACAAGUACUGGGACACGCUGCUGGAGAUCCUGUGGCCGCGGUUCGAGUACAUCCUGGAGCUGAACAUCCAGAGCAUCCAGAACACAGACCCCCAGAAACUGGGCUUCCUGGACACGCGCCCCCACUACAUCACGCGGCGCUAUGCGGAGUUCUCCUCUGCCAUCGUCAGCAUCAACCAGACCUUCCCCAACGAGCGAACCCACACGCUGCUGGGGCAGCUGCAGGUGGAGGUGGAGAACUUCGUGCUGCGGGUAGCGGCUGAGUUCUCAUCGCGCAAGGAGCAGCUCAUCUUCCUCAUCAACAACUACGACAUGAUGCUGAGUGUCCUCAUGGAGCGGGCGGUGGAGGAAAGCAAGGAGGUGGAGGGCUUCCAGCAGCUGCUUUCAGCCCGGUCCCAGGAGUUCAUCGAGGAGAUCCUGUCGCCCCCGUUUGGGGGAAUGAUUGCCUUCGUCAAGGAGUCGGAGUCACUCAUUGAGAAGGGGCAGCUUGACCGGCUGCGUGGGGAGGAGGCCCGGGUGACCCAGCUGGUGCGCGGAUUCUCUACCACAUGGAAGGCGUCGGUGGAAUUGCUGAGCCAGGACGUCAUGAGAUCCUUCAGCAACUUCAAAAACGGGACCAGCAUCAUCCAGGGGGCGCUGACCCAGCUGAUCCAGUACUAUCACCGCUUCCACAAGGUGCUAGCGCAGCCCCCCCUGCGCACCCUGCCGGCCCGCACCGAGCUCAUCAACAUUCACCACCUCAUGGUGGAGCUGAAAAAACACAAGCCCAACUUCUAGGAGAGGGGAACCCACACCCCACACACACACACCCUGCCCCUAGCAUGGGUGGAUCGGUGCAGCCCCCUUCCCCGUGUGGGCACAGGGGUGGUCUGUGCCCCCUCCCCCCAUCUGCCCAAUGCACUGUGGGAAGUGGAAGAUCCUUGUCCCCCAUUUUCCCCUGCCCCAUGCUCCUAUAACCCCUUGGGACCAGUCCAACCCCAACACUCCCCACCAACCUGGGGGGCCCCUAUGGUUGGGGGGUGGCUCCAGGCUGCAGCAGGGACCCCUCCUUCCCUCCUAUGUCAGCACCCCUCUCUGCCCUGCAGUGGAUCCCCACAAGGGAGGGGGAAGGUGAGGGACUUGCAGGUGGGUGUCAGGGGGCUCUCUUCUCCCCUCCAGAUUGCUUGUGUGUGGGUAUCUGACUUUGAACAGUGACAAUAAACUCUCUGCUACUCA